GUGUCACUAUUGACUAUUAAUCAAACAACCUAGGUUCGUGACCGGUUUCUUGAUGGUUGAUAUAAUUACGUGAGGGCGUUGCACAACUUGCACAACCAGUAUACUCGCGGUGCUCUCAAGAUGUGGUGCGCGAUCCUACUGUGUCUCGGGAUUCAGACUAUAAUGGCGGGCAAGGCACCUGUCAUCGAGCUGAACGACGGAAACAAGAUUCCAGUCGUGGCUCUUGGAACCGGCAGGGGAACCGCGGCAGACACACCUAUCGACGAAGUUCGUCAAGCAGUGCUCUGGGCUAUAGAGGAGGGUUAUCGCCACAUAGACACUGCUGCCAUCUAUCAGGACGAGCCGCAAGUAGGACAGGGCAUCGCAGACGCCAUUGCCAAAGGCUUAGUCAAGAGGGAAGACUUAUUCGUCACCACUAAGUUAUGGAACGACAGGCACGCCCAAGACCAAGUGAUGCCGGCGCUCCGCGAGUCCCUCGAGAGACUUGGCUUGGACUACGUCGACCUUUACUUGAUCCACUUCCCAGUAGCGCUGAAUGCUGAUGGGUCGCCUUCGAACGUGGAUUACGUAGAAACUUGGAGGGGCAUGGAAGAGGCCAAAAAGCUGGGCCUCGCCAAGUCCAUUGGGGUGUCCAACUUCAACAGCUCUCAACUGGAUAGGCUGUUCGAGAACAGUCACGUCAAACCGGCUGUUAAUCAAGUAGAGGUUAACCCAACUCUAACGCAAGAGCCCCUAGUGUCCCAUUGUCAGAAACUAGGUGUAGCCGUGAUGGCAUACAGCCCGUUCGGCUUCCUCGUCUCCCGCAAGACUAAGGAUACCCCUCCCCCGCGCAGCGACGACCCUACGCUCGUCGCUAUCGCGAACAAAUACGGGAAGAGUACCAGUCAAGUUGUUCUACGGUAUCUGCUCGACAGAGGCCUUAUCAUCAUCCCCAAGUCCACGAACCAGAAGCGGCUGGCACAGAACCUGGACCUGUUUGACUUCAAGCUGACGGCCGAGGAGGUGGCCACCGUAGGACAGUUUAACAAGAACGUUAGGGUCAUCGAACCAAAGACCUGGAAGGAUUUUCCUAACUACCCUUUUGAACGAGAUUAAUUUUCUUUUUAUCGGUGAGGUACCUGCAGAAAUGUUAGGCUUCGAUGAACACUUUCCAGACGCCGAGAUUUAGGAUUACCUAAUAAUAGAGUUUUGGUGGUUCUGAAAAUUGUCUUUUGGCUUUUUCCGUUUCAAGACAUUGACAUAUAUCUAAAGACGUGCUUUACGGGCAAUAAGAAUAGGGCCAGUACAGCGGCGUCACGCACACGAAUUCGAGUCAAUGCAGUCUAACGCCACAACGCGAUUGGUUGAUGAGUUCGCAUCACGCGCGCGAAUUGGUCGCAACUAGUUGCGUUACACUGCACGAUUGGCUCGAAUUCGUGAGUGACACCACUGAACUAGCACCAUUCUAAUCAUCUUAUCUAAUUAUCAUCCUUAGAUAUAUGUCAAUAUUCGUCCAGAUAUUUUCAUCACAGAAUUUUCACUACAAACUUUUAGAUUAAGAUAUGUAAAUGCUAUGUCAUUCUACGAGUGUACACGUCAGUGCAUGUUGUGGCUCUUCAUUAUUAAUAUGAUAUGACAUUGUAUUUUAAAUAAUAAAUAUUAAUAAUUAAAA